AUGCGAUUCAAGACGGAGCUCAAAAACAUCCGUACUUUUUCCAAGCUUACAGCUGCCCUUAACUCGCUCGAGAAAAUUGCAUGGGUUCGCCUUGACGAUGAAACGGCGCGCUUCACAGUAAUACCCGACACGGGUUCUCAAGUCUGGUCUUCUCUACCCAUGGACUUCAUCUUCGAUAGCUAUCACAUCCAAUCCGCAGAAGAGCACAACACCAUCAAUCUAGAGCUGCCCCUUCAGCCCCUCCAGCGUGCCCUGCGUUCUGCGCUCAACAGCACCUCGGCCUCGCUGCGCCUUACCAAGAAGGAUGGAAUCCCUGUGCUGUCCAUGACCAUCACCACGACGACAAACACGUCCUCAGGUUCAGGCCUGCCCGGCCGCAACGCCGCCUACGCCGGUCUCGAAAACGACCCCUUUGACGAGGACGACCAAGGCUUCGCCGCUGAGCAUCUAGAGACGUCUCUGCGGCGUGAGCGCGAAAAGAUCAUCACCCAGGACAUCCCCGUGCGGGUGUUGCACCCAGAGACGGUAGAGACCAUCAUGCAGCCCACGGUGCGCGAGACAGACGUGCAUAUCACCAUGCCCCCUCUGCUCCAGCUCAAAGCCAUCUCGGAUCGGUUCACCAAGCUCGCGAUCUCGUCCGGCACAAACUCCCGCGUGAGUCCCAAGCUGGAGCUAAGCGCCAACAUGUUUGGGAACCUGAAGCUCCGGAUCGCGACGGAGGCAGUCGACGUCUCGAGUACGUGGUCGGGUCUCGUCAACCCGGAGCUGGACCCCACGCAGUUGGAGAUGCCCGUCGAAGAGCACCCGAGUGUCAAGUUCAAGGAAGGCGGCCCGGAGAAAUGGGCCACGGUGAGAGUGGAUGGGAAGGAUUGGAGCCGGGUGUUGAGUGUAGGGCGGCUCGAAGGCAGGGUUGUUGCGGCUUUCGCAGACGACCACGCUUUGAUUCUGUAUGUCUACGUGCCGCAGUAUGACGAUGCCACAGCGGACGAUGCCGUACUAACUUACUACGUAACGUCGUUCAGCGCAUGA